CUAGUUCUGCAGUGCGUCCUGAGAGGAUGGUCCGGUGCCGCUGCCUGUCUGCUCGGCACUCACUGGCACCCUCGUCCUCACUCAGUGCCGGCCGUUGCUUGGUGCCCGCCGUACCCGCCCUCACAGAAUAAGCUUAGCGAUUGUCUUCAGAAAUCUGUGAGGUGUAUGUGUCUUAUAUAAGAGGCACAGGGAAAUAGAACUCCGAAGAGAAGUGACUUGAAAGCAAGGAAUUAACUCAAGUUUGCAGUCGUUCGUGGAAUUUGAAAGUGAAACCGUAUUAGUGCUAUUUUCCUCACCUCGCGACGCCUCAGCGCUCGCAAGGCUGGAGACAUUCAUGGGACACUAAUCCUGAGGGAGGCCCAGCACAAACACUUCCCCUCCUGGACACUGAACAGGACUCUGGAGUAGACAUCCAACUCUUGGUGCCGUGUGCCAUCACCACCACCACCACCACUACCACUGUCUACCUUCCACGCACAGCACCGACGCAACCUGUCCAAGGUUCGUGCUGAUGUUGUUGUUGUUGAUGCUGUUAAGUACUCGUACUUCACCUUCAAUGCGUCGGAAUGGUCGCGGCCUGGUGUCAUGGACGUUGAGGGCGCAGCAAAGCCUGUGACUGCGAAGUGCGUGUCGUGUGUCAGUGUCGUUCUUUAAUCCAUCACUGGGAAAGAUGUGUCACCAGCAUUCCCACAGACGGUUGUAUAAGUGAUACGUUGCCGUCCGUUACAAGGUUCGGUGCCAAGGAGUCAAGGGCAGCAUGACGUGGGCGUGGCCAGUCUGGUGUGGGCGGGCGGGCGUGGUGUUAGUGGCAACGGCGGUCCUGGCUGGGGUGGUGGUCGGAGCAGCAUCAGUGGGGGGAAGCGGCAUACACCAGCUCACCCAGGACGACACUCUGCACCAUCCCCGCUCCCCUUGGUACCGCCACGCCCGCGCCCGCCGCCUCGCCAGCCCCCCCAGCAGGGACUCCGAGCCCGCUGGGGACACCGGCGAGGUAGUUGGCUUUCUGCGACAUGCGAACGCCUCCUCGCCCUCCGGUGAGCUGAACACAACCCGAGGCGGCGGAGCGAAAACCGAAGACCGUCGGGAGGCGCGGAGAAGAGGCAAAUCCCGCGAAAAUGUGCUUCUGUCUGCCGGCGAAGACCGUAGUUACAACACGUUCAUAGACGGCAGGAAGCUCCGCAAGAGGUCGUCGCGGAUGGAAAAGUGUGCCAUCGAGCCGCCCAAGGUGAAACGACCCGGGGACCCAGACACCGACGACCGCGUGAUCGACGUGGCGGUGAUCGUGCCCUGCAAUGAGUCCCACCAGUACUCCCGCAUGAAGGUGCUGCCGGUGGUGGAGUUGGCCGUGCGCUACCUCGAGGAAAACGGCCUGCGUGGCCCAUUAGAGAACUACACCAUUAAAGUGCGCUACAGGGAUUCCAGGCUCUCCUCCACCUACGGUCCUUUGGCUGCCGUCGAUCUUUUCUUCAAUAAUUCUGCCGGUAAGUGGAUGGUUUUGCUCCACGUGCAUGUUUUAACUCAGUGGCGUGCGUGUGUGGCGUGAGACAUUUAUUUUGAA